AUGGAUACUUUCACCAAGUGGGUGGAAGCGGUUCUGCUCCGUCAACGUGACGCGGCAUCAGUGGCCGAGGCAUUUGUCGGCCUGUGUACGCGGUGGGGCCCGCCCCGAGUGGUCUGCUGUGAUAAUGGCACGGAAUUCAUCAACGCCGUGAUGUCAUCGCUGUUUGACACGUUUGGUGUGACAGUGCUCAACGGUGCCGUGAGUCAUCCCCUAUUACAGGGAUCUGUUGAGCGAUUUAACCGCACUCUCCUCACCUUAAUUCGGAAGGUGUUGGAUGAGGCUGAUGAUUGGCGAUCUGAGCUGGACGUGUUACUGUAUUUCGACCGUAUUCGUCCGCACUCUGUCCUCAAGAUUUCUCCUAUGUGUGCGAUGCCUGGCUGGGAGCCCUCCGGUGUUCUCUUGUCGGCUACUCCUGGGCUGGGCCGGACUCCAUCUGAUCUUGAACGCCAGGCUGCUCGGAUCCGUGAUUUUGUGGAAGCUGAGCUGUCCUCCAAGGACUUUGUUGAGUCUGAAGCUGAUAACUGUCUGUUCGCCGUUGCUGUGUGCACAAAUCCCUGGGUGAAAAAGAACAAAGCAUGUGAAUGUAAACCGAGACCAGACGGACCCAUCUGCACAGAAGUGUGCAAUUGCUUGAAUGAUGGUCAGUGUACUGAAGACGGCACCUGCAACUGCCGGAAAGGUUUCCAUGGAGACCAGUGCCAACAUGCUUUCAAGACAAAGUGCCUGGGCACAAAUAAUGCAAUAUACACCUGGAUGGCUCUUGCCAGCUUGCCGUGUUAUCCACAUCUCGACGAUGGCAGCUGCCAGAAGAAAACGAACUUCGUGCACGCCCGCGAGAUGUGCGUGAGAAGAGGAUACAACUUCGUAGACUAUAAUUCCUUCACUGAGCUUGGCUUGAAGCUGGGUGUUAGCGACUGCAUAAAAUCAUUGCUGAGCGAGAUGAUGGCUAGAAGUAACAGCAGCUACAGCACCCCUCUCAAGAUAUGGACAUCGUACAUGUACUUUGGUCAGCAUGUUAUUUACAAGCAAGGCAAGGACAACUCGAGCGACGCACUAUUUGACAGGGAUGGAAGAGGCAAUCAUGAUGUCAUCUGUGAAGCCAAAUGGCUCGAGGCCAACGAUUCUGUACACGCCGCAGCAACUCCAGCACACAGACCCAGCGUGACUGAGCAGUUCGCAGAGGACGCAUGUCAGGAGUACGGAUAUCAUCUCAUUACCAAGGAGUGGCUAGAAGAACAUGGCCAUGUGUUAACAGAGCGCUGGCUAGAGAAGUUGGCCCUAUUGCAUAAGCACCAGCAAGCACCUUACCACGUCGCGUCAAUCCGAGUCAAUGGCCGUUCCCUUUACAGAACCGUAAUGUUUAGCGCGCAAAAGCAGACGUUUCAGAACGCCACAAGCAAAACUCAAGCCCAGAUUCUCUGUGUCAAUGUUAUGGUGCAUACUCCCAACCUGACCACCAUCUUCAUGCAGUAUGUCGUCCAUAAUUUGGAAGCAGAGGUGGAGUACUACGACCAGGUGGCAGACGAGUGGUUUGAAGCGCAUAACUUCACUGUCGGCCUCGACCACGUUCCAAUCCGCAUUCUGAUGCAGGUCGGACACCAGGGCACGUAUUUCCGAUCGCGGGUCAAUAUGUACCUCCCGGAGCGCUACACAAUUUCACUCACCCACACCGGCACCCCACCAACAGGCUACUCUGUGUACACCUGGCCGAUGUUCCCGAUUGUCGGCAUCACUAUAACCGCAAACGACACUCUUCUAGCAACGGUCACCGUGUCUUUGCCGACGGUUAACCCCGCGGCAAAUCUGAGAGUGCAGGUCGGUCAAGCUCACGGCGGCAGCAAUGCAUCGUCGAUCGUCACGUCCGCCAGCACCGUAGCACUAAGAAAUGUCACAGCAGGGGACAUCUACUUCCGUGUGCUUAGUCUCGCAUCGACAAGCAGUUCCUCGGCUGCUUACUCUCAGAAAGUGUUCUUCCAUGUCUCAUCCCACUCAAUGAUUGCACCCACACCUGCACCUAUUUCGCAAGUGUGCAAGUGUUUGAACCAGGGUCAGUGUGACGACAAAGGCAAAUGCAUCUGCCUGAAGGGAUUCACCGGAGACAAUUGCCAGAAGGUUGUGUGCACACAUCCCUGGGUGAAAAAGAACAAAGUAUGCGAAUGUAAACCCAGACUAAAUGGACCUAACUGCACAGUAGCAUGCAAUUGCCUGAAUAAUGGUCAGUGUACUGAAGACGGCACCUGCGUCUGUCCGACCGGAUUCCGGGGAGACCAAUGUCAGGACAAUUUCAGGACAAAGUGCCUGGGUACGGACAAGGUGAUGUACACCUGGACGGCUCUCGCCGGCUUGCCGUGUUAUUCUGGCAGGUGCCCGAAGAUAACCAGUUGGAGGAAAGCCAGAGACGCAUGCAGUGAUAGGGGAUAUCAGCUGGUCGACUUUAAAACCUUCACCUUGCUCGGCUCAAAGCUUGGUGUGAGUGGGUGCGUAAAGUCAUUGCUCCACGAGAUGAUGGUGUACAGUAACAGCAGCCCGAUCACGAUAUGGACAUCAUCCGAGUACAAUCGUCGGCAUAUUAUUUACAAGCAGGACAAGAACAAAUCGGGUGGUGCAAUAUUUAGUGUUCAUGGUUUCGGCCGUCACAAUGUCAUCUGCGAAGCCCAAUGGCUCCAUGCCAACGAUUCUGUAUACGCCGCAGCAACUCCAGCACUCGGACCCAGCGUGACUGAGCAGUGCGCAGAGAACGCAUGUCAGCAGUACGGACUUCGCCUCAUAACCAAAGACUGGUUACAAGAACAUGGCCAUGUGUUAAGAGAACGCUGGCUAGAGAGAUUGGCUUUAGAUAAGUCCGACGGAUUAGGUUACCACGUCGCGCCAAUCCUGGUCAAUGGUCAGUCCCUUUACAGAACAGUAAAAUUUAGCAGACAACAUGUGACGUUUAAGAACAAAACAAGCCAUGAGGAUGCCAAGAUUCUCUGUGUCAAGUCCUGUGGGAGCGGUGUUCUUGCACCAAGCAUGAGUUGUGUAUGUAACCGCACUAUGUCCUACGGUGAAGAAUGUGAAAAGGCAUGCAAGUGCUUGAACCAAGGUGAGUGUGAUAACAAAGGUGAAUGCAGCUGCCCUAGGGGAUUCACCGGCCACCAUUGCCAACUCGUUGUGUGCGAGGAACCCUGGGUGAAAAAGAGCAAAGUGUGUGAAUGUCAACCAGGACUAGAUAGACCCAACUGCACAGAAGCAUGUAAUUGCUUGAAUGACGGUCAGUGCACUGACGAUGGCAGUUGCAACUGCCGGAACGGUUUCCAUGGAGACAAGUGUCAGCAUACUUUCAAGACAAAGUGCCUGGGUACAGAUAACGCAACGUACACCUGGAUGGCUCUCGCCAGCUUGCCGUGUCAUCCACACCUCGACGGUGACAGCUGCCAGAAGAAAACGAACUUGACGCAUGCUCGCCAGAUGUGCACAAGAAGAGGAUACAACGUGGUAGACCAUGAUUCCUUCACCAAUCAGACGCUUGGUGUGCGCGACUGCAUGGAAGCAUUGCUCAACGAGAUGGUGACGAGCUCUUACAGCAACCCUACUUCAAUAUGGACAUCGUUCGUGAAGGAUGACCAACAUCUCAUAUACCAGCAGGGCAAGAACAGUUUGACUAAAGAAUUGUAUGAUAGUGAUGGAACAAGCCAUCAUGAUGUCAUCUGCGAAGCCAAGUGGCUCCAUUACAACGACUCGGUAUACGCCGCAGCCACGCCAUCACUGAAACCCAACGUGACUGAGCAGUUUGCAGAGGAGGCAUGUCAGGAGUACGGACUUCACCUCAUAACCUAUGACUGGCUGCAAGCACAUGGCCAUGUAUUAAGAGAGCGCUGGCUAGAUAGAUUGGCUCUUCGGCACGCACCUUACCACGUCACACCAAUCCGAGUGAAUGGCAACUCCCAUUACAUAACUGUAACGUUUAGAAAUCGCAGUAAUCCAUUUCAAAAUUCCACAAUUAAUCGCCACGCCAAAAUCCUCUGUGUCAAGCACUGUGCUAAUGGCGUUCUGGCCCAGGACCUGAGUUGCAAGUGCAACCGCACUGUCUUCUAUGGAGACUACUGUGAAAAGGAUGGCUGCAAGUGCUUGAACCAGGGUCAGUGUGACAACGAGGGUAAAUGCAUCUGCCCGACAAGAUUCUACGGAGAACAUUGCCAACUCGAGUGCAGAACAUGUCUGAACCAGGGUCGCUGUAAUGAAGACGGCACCUGCACCUGCGCUGAAGGAUGGAUUGGUGACCGGUGCCAGACUGGGUGUGCGGACACGGACCCAUGCUGCGUGAACAAGCGCAUCGUGACACGCCGGGAUCAGGUCUGCCGUGCCGCCACCAGCGACUGUGACGUGGCAGAGUACUGCGACGGCGAGAAUGCCACAUGUCCACAGGACCUGACCGCACGCAACGGCUGGCCUUGCUCCAAUAGUCAAGCAUCCUGCUGGAGUGGAGUUUGCCAAUCACGAACUGGCCAGUGUCAGAGUGUCUGGAACGAUAUGGAUCAAGGGUCAGCUCCUGAGGAUUGCUUCGCGAUCAUGAACGUUUUUGGAGAACGUACGGGUAACUGUGGUUUCAAAUCGUCCAAUUCCACCCCAGGAACCUAUGCAGCCUGUGCGGCUGGAGAUGCCCUAUGUGGUAGUUUGUUCUGCCUUCCACUUGCUCGAAAGAACCAACCCAGUAGUGAUGUUCUGUCAAAAACCGUUCCCGUACGCGGUGAUGGCGGUAUAAUCAGGUGCAAUGGUUUGUACGCGUCCCCGCCAAGAAGCCACGAUGACCCAUCGCUCGUGAAGGACGGAACACGCUGUGAUGCCAGCGGCGCUAACAAGGACCUCGUGUGCCACAAGCAACGCUGCGUGGACCAGUCUCGAGUCACCAGUCAGUGUUCGGUCGAUGCUGACAGCGGCAAAGAGUGUGGUGGAGUCGGUGUCUGUACAAAUGUAACAACCUGCCUUUACCCACCCACACCUGAGAGCAACGAGUCCGCUAACACUACCCAGGCUGCUACACCCACGACCAGUUACUCAAUAACCAAACAAAAGAGCGACCCGGCCACAACUACUCCAACUGAAGUCGUCUAAUAGAGUGACGGUGAUGAACAGUGCAGUGCAUGAAGUGUCAGUAAUUGUAACUAGUUACUCAUAAACCGGGGGGAAUACUACCGACAGGACUAACCUGGUGCCCUUCCACUUACCCACCCAUCUUCCAUAGCAUCCACAAUUCGGUCCAGGAAACUCGACAGGCACAUGCAGUCGGUGUUACUCCAACGGAACGUUUCCAGGACGUGAAGAGCCCCUGCUAACCAAGUGUGUUUCCAGUCCUGAUAAUUUCCUCCGAUUGUAAAUUUCAAAUCUGCAAUUUCAGAUCAGUGAAAAUCUGAGGCAGACUGAUAUCCCAUAACAUGCUACGGCAGAGUAAUUAUGUCGUAUUUUAAUUAGUAAUUAUGCAUCUAUUAUUUGCAAGAUGAUGAGGGCAAUAAUAGAUUGAUCCCGACAUAGCAUACCUUAACUGGUUUAGCUUUGUUCUUGUGUAUUGUACUAGCACAUAGUAUAUACAUAAGUCGUCUACAUUACUUCUCUAUAAACAGAUGUUCUCAGUUGUUACUUAGUCUUUUAAUGUGUUCCCCAAGUUCUUUGACUGAGAAUCUGGCAGUUUGGGCUCAAGUCA